CGGCGGCGGCCCGGGGCGCUGCGGGCACGGCCGCCGCGCAGCGAGCCAUGCGGGGGGCGAGGCGGCUGGCGGCUCUGCUGUGCCCCCUCUCCCUGCUCGUCGCCGCGUCCUGGGCAGUCCGCUUCCACCCCAGACAAGAGACCUUGGUGAAGCAGCUCUCCUCUUACGAAAUCAUCACACCUGUCCGAGUGAAUGAGUUUGGAGAACUUUUCCCGCACACGCAUCACUUCAGAAGAAGGAAAAGGAGCUUGGAGGCACCGGUGGAGCCCGCUGCUUUCCGAACUCAUUACCAGAUCAGAGCAUACGGGCAGGUCUUCCAGCUCAACCUGAGUGCUGACGCAGGCUUCGUUGCUGCUCAGUACACGGUGGUGCACGUCGGGGCACCGCAGAAGCAGUCCUCCCCUGAUUUGCGCCACUGUUUCUAUCGCGGGCAUGUUAAUGCCCAGGAGAAGCACAUGGCUGUCUUCAGCAUCUGUGGUGGUUUGAUGGGCACCUUCAAGGUACAUGAUGGUGAAUACAUUUUAGAACCUCUCAUGAGAACAGAUGGAGGUGAACAUGAAGAUGAACAUAACAAACCACAUCUUAUAUACAGGCUUGAUGAACUUAAAGAGUACCAGAAAUCCCAUAAACCUUGUGAAGUUUCAGGUACAGUCAUACUUUAAAUUUCAUUGUGCCUUUUUCAAAAGUCAAAUGUUC